GGUGCCGCGCACUCCUGACGCGUUGGGUCAACUUGACCAAGAAGAUUUCCAAACCAUUGUCAUCGCCCUCCUCUCGGCGCUACAGAUCCUUCCCGCCUCUCGUUUGCUUCGCUCCGGCGGCACAGGCAAAAAUGUCCUCGCUGACAUUGCAAGACUCAACUUGGUCGUUGCUUCCGACGACUUCGACCUCGACCGUAUCAAGCCCCUGCUGCGUGCGGCCCUCGCCGGUGAUCCAAACGAUGCCCUGAUCUGGGAUCAAGUCUACCGCGCCGUCGCCGAGUCCACCCCGCCUCCCCGCCUAGUGCCAUCUUCCUUCCAGCAAACCCCAUGGCUACACAACACGGGCAGUUUUGCCAACUCCUCGGAAUACCGCCAAGAUGUGGACAGGGUCCUUAGGUUGGAGCUUGGUCCUCUCUAUGUUGGGCUUCCUGGCUUCCGCGAAGUCUUUUUUGGGCGCGUGGCAGGUUUACAUGCAGCGUCCAAGGCCGUUUUGGAGAAGUGCAUGGAAGGCAGCAAUCCACUUUUCGGCGGCGAAGGGUGGAGCGGAUGGCCAGCAGGGGCACAAGAGAAGGAAGUGCUAAACUGGCUCGACAACAUAAUCCUAAAGCUGGACGCAUUUGCGGAAAACUACAGGCCGACCCCAACACGUCGACGAAGACCACUGGCACAGCCUAAUACGCCGAUCCAGGGUUUAACGGGAGAGCGGAAGCUGGACGUCGGCUUGGUGGACGACCCCGAGGCCGGAAAAGAUUCGAAAUGCCGCUGGUCGCAGAUUUUCGUGCCUGGAGAGCUAAAGAGCAACCGCUCUGCAGACAUAGCCUUAAAGGCGUGGCUUGAUGUGGGGAGGUAUGCAAGAGAAGUGUUCGCGGCGCAAGAUACCCGCCGCUUCGUUUUGGGAUUUAUUCUUUGCGGGCCUUUUAUGAGGUUGUGGGAGUUUGACCGGCUGGGCGGAAUUGCGUCCGACAAGUUCGACAUUAACGAAGAUGGGCUGCAGUUUGUAUCUACGAUUUUCGGGUUUCUGUGGAUGAGCGAGGAGGAGCUCGGCUUCGACCCCACAGUCGUCAAGGCAGAGGGCCAGCGGUUUAUUGUGAUCGAGCGGGACGGCCGGACAGAGCGUUUCGUUAUCGACGAGCUGAUGGCGCGUGCACCUUGCAUCGCCGGCCGCGCGACCACUUGCUGGAAAGCAUAUCGGGAAGGAGACCCACAGACACAAUUCGUAAUUAAGGAUUCGUGGCAGUAUACGGAGCGCGACGAAGAAGGGGACCUGCUCCAAGAAGCAACUGAUAAGAGCGUGGUUAACGUGGCCCGGUACUACCACCACGAGACGGUUCAAAUACACGGCACAGAUGACGAUAUUCGAAGCAACGUUCGCCGAGGACUGGCUAUCACAACAGCUACCAACUACAGGCCGGAGCGCUCGAUGCCGCCGCCGAGUGCAAUCGCGUCUGGGCCUUCGCAGAGAGGCCGCAGCAGCAGCAGCACUGCUGGCAAGAAGCGAUCAUCCAGCCAGAUUGGCGCCGCCCUCCCCCCAGCAAGCGAUCUUGUUCGGCAUCCCCAACGAAGGCUAGCGGCGACGCACUAUCGAACCGGAUGCACCGACGUGUCAUCCUUCGUGACUAUGGAAAGCCCAUCUACAAGGCAAGCUCUCGGUCGGCUCUCCUUGCCGCGCUGGAGGGUUGCAUCCAGGGACACGAGUCCUUGCUCAAGGCUGGCUUCCUUCAUCGGGACAUUUCGGUCAACAAUCUGAUAAUUAACGAGGAUGACAACGAAGAUGACAACGAUCACUCCUGGUCUU